AUGCCGUUGAGAUUACGGCCCAGUGCCGGGCACGAAUCCCAUCAGCAGCAACCCCAGCCCCAGAAUCCCCAGCUGCAGCUGCGUAGCGGUAACACCCAGUGGAAUCCGUCCGCUGCUGCUCCGCCCAUGGCCUUUACCUCAUCCUCCUCCCUCUCCUGGGAAGGUAUCGGCCGCUCGGGAGGAUACCAGCCCAAGUUUCGCGUCACGGAGCGAUAUCGCAUCGUUGGAUUCAUUAGCAGUGGUACCUAUGGCCGCGUAUACAAGGCUGUCAACCGCGCCAGCAUCGUGACGAGCACAAAUGGCACCACGGUGCCCGCGGGACACGAGGUGGCCAUCAAAAAGUUCAAGCCCGACAAGGAAGGGGAGCAGAUUAGUUAUACAGGCAUCUCCCAGAGCGCCAUUCGAGAAAUGAGCCUCUGUAGCGAGCUGAACCACGCCAACGUCAUUCGCCUGAUCGAGAUUAUCCUCGAAGACAAAUGCAUCUUCAUGGUCUUUGACUACGCCGAGCACGACUUGCUCCAAAUCAUUCACCAUCAUACACAACAACCACGCCACCCUAUCCCACCCGCGACGGUCAAGAGCAUCAUGUUUCAGCUGCUCAACGGCUGCCACUACCUGCACACAAACUGGGUACUUCACCGCGACUUGAAGCCGGCUAAUAUCAUGGUCAGCUCAUCUGGCGGUGUCAAGAUUGGGGACCUGGGGUUGGCCCGCCGCUUCGACAAGCCUCUGCACUCCCUCUUCAGCGGAGAUAAGGUCGUCGUGACCAUCUGGUACCGCGCUCCGGAGCUGAUCCUGGGAUCCUACCACUACACGCCGGCCAUUGACAUGUGGGCUAUCGGCUGCAUCUUUGCCGAGCUGCUCUCACUGCGCCCCAUCUUCAAGGGCGAGGAGGCCAAGAUGGACAGCAAGAAGACGGUGCCGUUUCAGCGCAACCAGAUGAUGAAGAUUAUGGAAAUCAUGGGCGCCCCGACUAAGGACAAGUGGCCGCUGCUCACCUCGAUGCCCGAGUACCAGCAGCUUACGGCGCUGCAGACCAGCAUGGCCGCGCACCAGGGCCGCCACGCCCACGGCGUGCCCCUCGCAUCCAACCUCGAAAAGUGGUACCACAACACAAUCUCCAACGCGCCCAGCAGCACCAACACGUCGUCGGGCGCCUCGACCUCGCUCAGCUCCCUCGGCCAGGAGGGCUACCGCCUGCUGUCGGGCCUCCUCGAGUACGACCCCGUCCGCCGCCUCACGGCCGCCCAGGCCCUCCAGCUUCCCUUUUUCAGCACCGGCGACAAGGUCACGGCCAAUGCAUUCGAGGGGCUCAAGGUCGACUACCCGCACCGCCGCGUCAGCCAGGACGACAACGACAUUCGCACCAGCAGCCAGCCGGGCACCAAGCGCAGCGGUCUUGGCGACGACUCGCUGCUGCGGCCUUUGAAGCGAGUUAAGGACUGA